AUGAGACUCCUCAUUUGGUUAGGUCUCUCCGUUGCUCUCGAAAGCGUCGCCGCACCUCCCCGAGGCUGGGUCAAGCAUGCUCCUGCACCCAAAGACCAUCUUAUUGACUUGAGGAUUGGCCUCCCCCGACCCAACUUCCCUGCUUUGGAACAGCACCUCUGGGAAGUCAGCGAUCCCAGCCACGAGCGCUAUGGUGCUCAUCUCUCCAAGGCGGAGACCGACGCUCUGAUGGAGCCUCACCAGGAAAGCAUCGAUAUCGUCAACGAAUGGCUUGCAUCUCACGGCCUUGAAGAGGAACACCUUUCCCGUUCAUCAGCUAACGACUGGGUUACCAUUCAAGUUCCCGUGGGCCUUGCCGAAGAGAUGCUUGACACUACUUACCACGUAUGGUACCACCCGGAAAGUGAUGAAUCUAUCGUCCGCACGACGAGCUACAGUCUUCCCGAAGUGCUCCACGAGCAUAUUGACUUGGUCCAGCCGACCAUCAUGUUUUCGCGCUUCAAGGCGUUGAAGAGCACUCUUCAUUACUAUGGAAAAGAGGACGUUACUCUCACCAGCCCUUCAGGUGGCACUAUCACAGGACCAGCUGGUAACCAGGUUGAUGCUAGUUGCAACAACACGAUUACUAUUUCCUGCCUCAGGCAACUGUACAAUGCUGUUGGCUACAACUCGUCCGCAACGAACGGCAACAAACUUGGCCUGACAGGUUACUUGGAACAAUAUGCCAACAUUGCUGAUUUGCAGAUGUUCUUCUCUCUUCAGAACCCUGCCGCAUACGGCUCUAAUUUCACGCUGGUUGAUAUACAUGGUGGCACCAAUAACCAAACUCCCGCUGCUGCCGGUGUCGAAGCCAACCUAGACACCCAGUUCGGGUUUGGGCUCACAUACCCUACCCCUGGCACCUUCUAUUCGACUGGCGGUGAGCCACCUUUCAUCCCUGACGAUUUGGAGCCAACAGACUCCAACGAACCAUACACAUAUUGGUUGGAUUAUAUUCUCGCUCAAGAUGAUGGCAAUAUUCCUCAGGCCAUUUCUACCAGUUAUGGUGACGAUGAACAAACAGUCCCGCAGAGCUAUGCUGAACGUGUGUGCGCUGACUUUGCAACCCUCGGUGCUCGUGGUGUUUCAGUUAUGUUCUCCUCUGGAGAUGGUGGUGUAGGCGACGGUGAUGCCGACCCAGCUACUCAAGAGUGUUACUCCAAUGACGGCACCAACCGCACCAUAUUCAUCCCCGGUUUCCCGGCUAGUUGCCCUUACGUCACAGCCGUAGGAGGAACAGUUAACAUCCCUGAAACUGCAGUAUACUUCUCUGGUGGAGGCUUCAGCAAUUACUUCUCUCGACCCAGUUACCAAGAUAGUGCAGUGGAAUCCUUCUUGACUAAACUUGCACCUGGCACGUAUGAAGGUCUCUAUAACCCGUAUGGACGAGCAUACCCGGAUGUUUCUGCCCAAGCUUACAAUUUCCUUAUCGUAUACGAGGGUAACACCACAUAUGUUGCUGGAACGUCAUGUUCCUCCCCAACUUUCACUAGCUUCGUUUCGUUGUUGAACGAUGCCCGUAUUUCCGCGGGAAAGACAACUCUUGGUUUCCUCAACCCCUUCUUGUACUCGUCAGGAUACACCGCACUUAACGAUAUUACUGAGGGAAACAACCCUGGUUGUGGUACCGAAGGAUUUAACGCUACUAUCGGAUGGGACGCAGUUACCGGUUUAGGUACACCGAAUUUCGAAAAGUUGAAAGCAUUGGUUUUGAGUUUAUAAAUCUACCUCAGCGGGACAUUCGCUUAUUUAUGGUGUAUGUAUAUACAUUGUCGCAAUAUCUAUCUGGAUGCAUUUUUUGCU